AUGUCGCUGUCUGCGCCCGUGCCGGGCAUCUUCUGGGUCAGCUCAGGCGUGCUGCCGGCUUACAAGGACGCGCUGCCGUACGACAACUACGUGAAAUGGUACGAGAAUGUGCACAUCCCGGACUGGAUGGGGGGGAAGGCGGGGGCCAUCACGACGGCGUGGCGGUACCAGAGCGCCGACGCGCGGCGACCGACGCCGUUCCUCGUCACGUACAAGUACCCCGACGUGGCGGCGCUCGCCGCGCCCGAGUUCCUCAACGUCACUCUCACCGACCCCGCCCUGCCCGGCGGCGGGCCCGUCAACAAGGUCGCCCAGUUCAUCGCCAUGGCCGGCCCACACGUCGAGACGUGGAAGAGCGGGAGUACUGGCGAUGAACGCGGCCCGAUCCUCGUCACCGAAGCCAUCGAGCCGUCGUUCAAGACGAAUCCCGUCAACUACACAGACUUCUUCGAAGACUGGUACCACAGCACGUACAUUGGCGAGGUGUCCCGGCUGCCUGGCUGGCGGCGCACGAGCCGCUUCAACAACACCAUGGGCGGCGGGCCGCGGUUGCUGGCCCUGCACGAGUUUGACGAGUCGGCGUUCGAAGCCAACACCACCAAGAUCCCGGGCCUGUUGGGCAGCUCGGCCGACACCAAGUACGUGCAGGGCACCGCGAAGAGCAUCGAGAUGGUGCUAUGGAGGCUCGUGCGCGUGUAUGGUGAUGGAACGGUUCCCUGGGGCGAGCCGUGGGAGGACAAGAUUAUCUGA